GGCGCCUGUCUCGCGCUGUCACGGUCCGGGUUGUUGUCACAUUUAGGUUUCUGAGCUUCAUUCACAUCAAUCGAUAAAAAGCGGCGGAGAGAUGAGCGACCAAGACGAAGACCUCGGUGCAUUUGAUCCAAACAUACCAGAGGAGGGACCUUCAGCUCCCCCUCCUGGUUGGCUGGAUGACAUACAUGGAUACCAGGGCCACAAAGGAGGAGUAGAUGACAACCCAUUGUAUCCACCUCCCCCUGCCUACACCCCCCAGCCUGAACUCGACAAGAACACUUUAGUUCCCGAUGUCAGGGUUCCAACGGUAUCGGAGGAUGUGGCCAGAGACGCGCUGCUCAAAUUUGUGGAAUCAAAAUGGAGGUACAGCUCCAAACCUGCCAGGAACCUCACCUUCAAAGAGCUCAAACCCAUCACUGUGUACAGGUAUCGACUGGAGACCUACACUGAGACCAGAACCAGCGCCUGGCAGUUUGAAUCCUACAAUGGACAGGUGGUUGAUGGUCCUCAGUACGGUAUGAGCCCUCCACCCUGGGACAUUCCUGUUACGAUGCCUCAGAGAUACACAGACAGGGUGGAGAAGGUCCGCGUGCCACACUCGUCCUUUGUGAAGCCGUGUCACAAAUGCAACGGCUGUGGAAGAACUCGCUGUGGUAACUGCCAUGGAAGAGGCCAGAAGCGUUGCUUUAGCUGCCAUGGCUCAGGGUACAGGAGGCACCCCGGGAAUCACAAGCGCUCCUCCGGGAAGACACGUUGUACAUCUUGUAGCGGGAGAGGCCGUAAGAGGUGUUUGUCCUGUCACGGCCACGGCUACAAGACCUGCUCUGUUUGUCACGGCAGCCAAAACCUGCUGCAUUUCAUCCAGCUCACUGUGACAUGGAAGAACGACGUAACUGAUUUCAUUCCAGACCGCCAGCCUGACUUCCCUGACAAGAAGUUUGAGAAGGUGACAGGAGAUCCUUUCUUCGUCGAUGAGAGUCUUUUGGUGUACCCCAUCCAGGGGUUCCCCGAUCAGGAGAUCUGUGAUAUUUCUAAGAAAACCAUUAACGAACACCUCAAUCGCUUCAGUUCCACCAGCCGCAUCCUGCAACAGCGUCAGACCAUCGAGCUGGUGCCUCUGACUCACGCUUAUUAUACCUACAGUGGGAAAGACUACAGCUUCUUCGUCUAUGGAGUGGAGAACAAAGUCUUUGCUUCCAAAUAUCCCACUGCGUGUACUAUUUUAUAAGGAACAUGCAGACACACUUAUAUUUAGCUUGGGUUGUAUACUGAAGGUGGGAGAGGGCAGCAGGUGGGAAAAGCUGAAUAAUCAAUUCAAUGUACCAACAUGUAUUCACCAGAAAUCUAUUGUAGUGAUAUUAACUGUUAGUGUUACCACAUUAAUCGUCCGUACUAAUUGUUCAACUUGCCUUCAGUGUGUGAUCGUAUGGUGCUUUAAUGACCAAGCUAAGCCUCACGGUUGUGCUUAAACCUUUACAUAUAAGAUACAGUACUCCUCAGGACAGGAAACAAACUCUUAAAGCUACAAACCAAACUCCAGACUGUCACGGGUCACUGCCAGUAUGUUUCCUGAGAUAAGAUAAAGACUUGGUGUCACAGUAAUAAAUCACACAACUGCAGCUUCUGAUACGGGGCGUCAUUUUUACAGCCUGUUGUGAUACAUAAGUGGAUAUUUAGAUUAUAUAUAUUUCUAUUUUAGUGAAGAUAUUUUUCUUGGUAUGUGUGAGGCAGAUGUUUUAUUGCUUUCAGUUCAUGUGUUUAUGCAUUAAAAUGUCUGUAUAAAAAUCCAUCCAGAUGCUGGUGUCUCAGCAAAUAUUCACUCAUCUUUUCUAAAAAUAAUAAAUAAUAAUAAAGUUUUAUCAUGUUAUCAUCCUGCAGUGU